GCCGCUGUCCAGCACGCACUCAGGCUUCUCUUCUUCUGAACACUUCUGUUCUGCAAAAGGGAGCUUUUGCUUUUCGCGACCUGCUUUUUCAAGUUUGGAGAAAAAUAACUCAUGGAAGAAGAAGCUCUGCAGUGAUGCCAUGAGGUUGAUUCUGGUCAAACCAACCAAUGCAACCCGACGUCUUGAUUCAACAGGUGAAGGCUUUCGUGAUGGAGAGCACGAGCAUUGCACCGCUGGCGGCCCAUCACCCACAGCAAAAACUCCUGAGGGGAUGCGGGAUCGAUACGCGGGUCCCUCUGUGGAAGCAUCUCGUUCCCAACAGGAGACAAGUCUGUGCUGUGUUUCAGCCUCGCCCCAUGGAGGAGCAUCCAAUGGAAUCAGUCCACAAAGAGAUUCAAUCCAAAUGUCGCCAAUGAAAACCAGAAAUCUAACCUUAUCGCAGCUGAGUGAUCAGGACUGGCUCCUGCUUUGCGGCCAGGUGAGCAAUGUAGGAGAUGAUUCACCGUCAGCUGAGAAGGCGGGCUCCGGUGUGGGACAUCCAAACCACAAUGACAGGUGUGGUUGUUCCUGCCCUGACACACAGCAACAUCCAGAGGUUCCUAGUUUUCAUCAAUCAAAACAGGGCACUGUCCAGCACGACUGUGUCUCCAGAGUUUCAAAUGAGAGAACCCUUUUAUCUUCACCGCACACCCAGUCUUUUUUCCAAAGCACCCAAGCUUUGAGUACUUGUCAAGUUUUACCGCAGAAAAUAAACCAAAGGGAUCUUUUCAAAACUGCAGCGAACCAUCCACAGGAUAAAUUCAUGCUCCAAUGCAGCGAUCAAGGUCAAAAGGAGCUAUUGCAGCAACAGCCUUGCAAUCACUUCCCACUUAAAGACAGCAGCCAAGCGACUUUGUUCAAUAUACCUCUGAACUCCAUUGAGUGUGUUGAGACGGAUCAGAAGCUCUACCAGCAUCCUCAGCCUGCUGUUCCGGCCGACUUCAACUGGAGGGAUCUUUUUGGGAAAGAACCACUGUUAGUUCAGCCACGUCAAAACCCAGACUCUCAGUGCUCGAUGAGCAGUGGUCAGACCUGCAAGUCGUCCGGGGAUCCCUCUCGCGUGCUCAAGUGUCGACACCUCCCUUGCAACCCUUUAGCCGGCACUACGCGGGUACAGAGGUCUUCUACUCCAGCCAGUAACAGAAGUGUCCAGUCCUUCUCUGCCAGCCAGUGUAGCUCACUUGAGAACCAGGAUUUAGUGGUGAAGAGAGGUAGACAGCAACAAAGUCAGACAAAUUCUCAGCAAUUCAGUGAAUCAAGAGCCUCCCUGCCGAAGCACACUCCUCCACCUUCAUCCAACUUAGAAACGGCCAACAUAGUCAACGGGUAUGCAGUCAGACCGCUGAGCAGCCAUGUGAAUCUAAGAUCCAGUCUCCAGUCAGGUGAACAGCCCCCUCAGCUUCUUCACAGUGCCAUCCUGGAGGACGCCUUCUCCAAAGUCAUCAGGGAGGAUUCCAGUAAGGCCAACAGCGAGAAUCAAACCAGAGAGGAAGGCAGCGUGCUGCAGAAGAAGACCAAGGACAUUAGCUACCGACUGGGCCAGAGAAAAGCUCUCUAUGGGAAGCGCAAACAGCUGAGUGACUACGCCUUGGUCUGUGGGAUGUUUGGCAUUAUCGUCAUGGUGAUCGAGACUGAGCUGUCGAGGGGAUUUUACAGCAAGGAAUCCAUGUGCUCAUAUGUUCUGAAAGGCCUGAUCAGCCUCUCCACAGCUGUUCUUCUUGGGCUCAUUGUGAUGUACCAUGCAAGGGAAAUCCAGCUCUUCAUGGUGGACAACGGCGCAGACGAUUGGAGGAUAGCGAUGACCUUUGAACGGAUUCUCUUCGUUGCCUUCGAGCUCCUUAUCUGUGCCAUCCAUCCGAUCCCGGGUCAAUAUGUGUUUACCUGGACUGCUCGACUGGCCUUCAGCUACACAGCAUCAGUGGCGGACGCUGACAUUGACAUCAUCCUCUCUGUGCCAAUGUUCCUGCGGCUCUACCUCAUUGGCCGGGUCAUGCUGCUCCACAGCAAACUGUUCACGGACGCUUCCUCACGCAGUAUCGGGGCGCUCAACAAGAUCAGCUUUGACACUCGUUUUGUCAUGAAGACUCUGAUGACCAUCUGUCCUGGAACGGUCCUGCUGGUCUUCAGUGUAUCCUGUUGGAUCAUAGCAGCAUGGACAGUUCGUGUAUGUGAGAGGUACCACGAUGCAAAGGAGGUGACCAGUACUUUCCUUGGAGCAAUGUGGCUGAUCUCCAUCACCUUCCUCUCCAUCGGCUACGGCGAUAUGGUCCCUCACACAUACUGUGGAAAGGGGGUUUGUCUGCUGACAGGAAUCAUGGGAGCAGGCUGCACAGCAUUAGUGGUCGCUGUUGUUGCAAGGAAGUCUGAACUCACCAGAGCCGAAAAGCACGUCCAUAACUUCAUGAUGGACACUCAACUCUACAAAAAGGUAAAAAACACAGCAGCCAAUGUGUUAAGGGAGACGUGGCUCAUCUACAAAAACACCAAGCUGGUCAAGAAGAUUGACCAUGCUAGAGUGCGCCACCAUCAGCGGAAGUUUCUGCAGGCCAUCCAUCAACUGCGACGAGUCAAAAUGGAGCAAAGGAAACUAGCUGAUCAAGCCAAUACAGUUGCUGACCUUGCCAAGACUCAGAACAUGAUGUAUGAUCUGGUGUUGGAGCUUCAACACCGCAGUGAGGAGCUGGACAGGAGGAUCGUAGCUCUGGAAGAGAAACUGGACUCCAUCCUUCACGGCGUGCAGUCGCUGCCUGUUGUGCUUUCUCAAGCAAUAACAAAGCUGCAGAAGGAUUUCCUGGACGACUUGGCCUGUCGCGUCCACUUCCUGUCAUCCUCCCUGAGCUCUGAGUGCUGUUCAGUCCCUGCCAGGCAGCUCUCACAAGGACCCACAACACCAGGGACACCAUACAACUCAUAGGCCUAAAACAGCAGUCUUCUCUUUAGUGUGCCACUUUUUUCCUGCUGAGAACGUUUUCCUCCAUAGGCACACUCCUUUCUAAGUAGAGGCCUGCAACAAAUUCAUUCAGUUACACACAGUCACCCCGGGGAGUUACAGCUAGCUUCUCGUACUGGGCAUCUCCAAUGAAAGGGGAAGUGCCUCAGGCAGAGGAUUCUAGAGCAAGGGGAGACCAGUAUUCUUUUAUUUCCUUCCCAAAGUUCACAGUUGGUCCAGGCACUGGGUAUUCACCUACACCUACCCAUAGAGCCCACUUUUUUCUUAAUCCAAUUUGUAAACAAUGGCUGUAUGGAGAAUUACAAUUACAAUGUAAAUAUUAUGUAUGAUUGAAAUAGCGUAUGUUAUACAGUCAAUUCCAAACCAAUACAUUAAGAAAUAAUUUCACCCCACACAUGACCUCACACGCUUCAUCAGCAUAAGCUUUUCUGGUUUUUACUUGCCUACCUUGCAAUUUUAUUUUACGAAAUCGUACUCGUCAUUCAUCAUGACAUGUUGGACGUGGAAAAAGUUAUUGAAAUAUAAUUUGAUAACUUACUAUUGUUCACCUGUGUGGGCUGCUUCCUCUCAUGAACGGGUAAUGAAUAAGAUGAAAGGUUUCCCAUAAAUUUUAGAGAUGUGUUUUUUUCUGUAUUAGUAGGACAAUGUUUUCUGUAGUUUACAGUAAACAAUGUUUUCAAUUAGAGAAAGGGUUUUUAGAAUGUUUGAAAAUUCAAGCAGGAAUAAGGAAAGAAACUCAAAUUUAAUGGGUGUAACAAUUCACUUGAAUACUAUUGUUCUUAACUUUCACCCUUUGUAAUUUAGUUGUGGUCAUUUAAGAACUUCUUGUAAUAUUUUCCUGUUUAUGACACGUGUUUCAGUAUGUUUUAAAGUUGCAAACUUGGAAAUCAGGCAAUAGAAAUUAAGUUUAU